CCCGCUUACAGAACCCAAUUUGCUUUCAGCUGCUGAGGGAAGGGGGUUGAAAUAUCUUGCCACAACAUGGAGUAAGUUUUGGUCAGUUGUAGAGAUAUCCUGGAAUGCUUCCUGCCACUGUAGGGAAGAAGUCCUUUCUUUCAGAGCUUCCAUUUGUAAAUAUUAGGCCCUGCCAUUGCCCUUUUGUUUUCUUACUGGGUUCUUGAACUUUAAACUUUAGUCAUUCAGUAACUUCACCCAAGAGCUAACUGCUAAGCAGGCGAAAUCCAAUUAACUGUUCCAAGGGAACCAAAAUGGGAACUCACAACAACUGGACAAUAUGGUUUCUCUUCCUUGCAUUCAUUUUUCAUCAGGCAGAAUCGAAAGGUAUGGUGUUUUGUCCACAACAGUGUUAAUUUGCCAUAUAUGAAUGGACAUGGGAGUCGGGGGCUUUUAGACUUGUCAUUUAAUCUGUACCUUUGAGAGCUACUCCCCUCCAAAACAGUCUUCUUCAGUUAGGUGAAAACUUAGUUGGUUUGACUCACAUGGCAGAUUCCGUGAUCUAUAUAGAUGCAGUAUAUUUGGUAGUAGGGAUCAGAGUGAAAUUUGAUUUGGUUCACAUUUUUAAAGCCAAGUUGACCAGAUUUGCACUUUCUGAAAUAAUACGCAUGUAUAUAUGUGAGCUCUCAGCAAUAGAGUCUGCUUCAUCAGAUGCAACCAAAAUUAGUGGUUCAGUCACAUGGUCUGUGAAAUACAUUUCAAAGUUCUGGGACACUUUUGCCUGUGGCACUACCCACCACUAGCACAAGCUACUCAAAAGGGUGCCUGGAAAGGUUGAAUAAGUUCCCCCAGCUUGACUCUACAGAAAGCUAUUCUGAUCGCUCCAUGCAUAGGAAGCGAAAUACACAUGGAGAGAGAUUGCUCCCAGUAGGUUUGUGGGCAAAAUCUAUUUGCUCCCCUCCACCUUUCCCCUCUUUUCAGUGUUUCUGUCGGCUGGGGAUGCAAAUCAAGUUGUUGCAAGGUCUAAGCGUGCCAGAUUCAUGUAUUUCGAAGAGUUCCUCCAAGGUAAUUUGGAAAGAGAAUGCCUUGAAGAAAGGUGCACAUACGAAGAGGCUAGAGAAGUAUUUGAAGACACUGAGAAAACUGUAUGUAUUCUAAACUUUACCUUUAUGGGCCUAUCAAUCGAGCUGUAGUCCUGGCAUUGAAAUCCAAUUCAUGACGCAAUCGUUGCUGAACCAAUGAUAAAUUCUUAAGAUAUAAUCAUUCUUGCACUAUUUUUCACAACAAACCUGUGGGGUAGGUUAGGCUGAGUGGAGAUUAGAACUCUGGUUUCCCAAUUCCUAGUACGGCACUCUAACCACUGUACCACAUUGGUUCUCACCCCUUACUAUUAAGGAUCUUUUAAGCAGUCUGACUGACCCCAUUAACUUUUUCUGUCCAAUAUCACACAGAGAAAUCAUCAGAGAAAUCAGGUGGUAAUCCUAUAUUUGGUACAAUAUGUUGCUGGGGGGGAGAGAGAGAGAGAGAGAGAGAGAGAGAGAGAGAGAGAGAGAGAUGGUCCACUGUUAAAAACAAAAAACAUUACAUUUUUUCCCCCAGGACAAGUUUUGGAAUGGCUACUUUGGUAAGUAGUUUUUCAUAUUUCAUUAUUUUUUUAUUGGAUAUUAUAUUAAAAACUAAGGGAUUUAUUGGAGUUGCUCAUUAUACUAAAGGAAAUCUGUUGAUAAUAGAGCAUAUGUUAUGAGGCUAAUAUACACUUCCUUUUGCUCUUUUGUUUUGUGGCAGGGAAAAUACAUAAAUAACAAGUCCAUUCAGUUCCUCCAGCUCUCCUCCAUUCUUGGACUUGCCUCAUGAACUGGAUGAUCACAGAAGUAGGGUGUGAGCCAAAUUAUUGCAGAAAAUUUGCCCUUGAAAUAAGUGAUGAGGCAAAUCACUCCAGUUAGGCUUUGGUCCAAUUAGUAAUUUGCUCUAGAAAACCCAAUUAUUCUGUUUCAAACUUGGGAAAUGUUUAGAUUUAUUCCAAGUCCACUUAUGAGCCAAAUUGACUUAUCUGGUACUUGGCACUCUGCUACAGCUGUGAAACAGAAGCCAGAAGUGUGGGGAAAAUAGAGUUCACACUGUUAUGUACUGAAGUUCUCACCCUGGGCCAGCAGGGGGAUACUGUAGAUAGUUAUGCAAAUAAGGGAUCGAAAGUGACAUUCAGUGAUUGGAUAGUUUUAGAAAAUUGUUACAGUUACGUUGUACUGGAGCUCUAUAUAAGCAGGCUGACUGAACCCUUCAGUUCAGUUCUGUUCUGGCCUGUGAAUAAACAAGAGCUGUUUGAAGAAUCACUGUGUCGUCUGAUAUGUUCACCCACAACUUAUCACACACGUUUGCCAGGAAAGCUGAAUUUCCCACCAUUCCUGGCACCUGGGCUGCAGCCACAGCUACUUUCCAAGUGUCAGAGGGUCAUAGCUCACUGGCAAAGAAUCUGCUUUGCACGCAGAAGGUCUCAAGUUUGAUCUUUAGCAUCUCCAGGCAGGAGAUGUUCCCUGUACAAAACCAUGGUGAGCCGCUGCCAAUUGGCAUAGACAACUGAGGUGGACCAUUGGCCUGACUCAAUUUAAAGCAGCUUCCUAUAUUGCAAAGGGUAUAAAUUUCUGCCCUUCCUACUGCAGGAGCAGCAGCAAGCAAGCAGGCAGAAAAAUUGGGUUCAGAAGCAGUUUGGAUACAGAUUAACUUGAUGGUAUAAUGCCUUCCGGGACACGGGUGACACUGUGGGCUAAACCACAGAGCCUAGGACUUGCUGAUCAGAAGGUCGGCGGUUCGAAUCCCCGCAACGGGGUGAGCUCCCGCUGCUCGGUCCCUGCUCCUGCCAACCUAGCAGUUUGAAAGCACGUCAAAGUGCAAGUAGAUAAAUAGGUACCGCUCCAGUGGGAAGGUAAACGGCGUUUCCGUGCGCUGCUCUGGUUUGCCAGAAGUGGCUUAGUUAUGCUGGCCACAUGAGCCGGAAGCUGAAUGCCGGCUCCCUCGGCCAAUAAAGCGAGAUGAGCGCCGCAACCCCAGAGUCGGCCACGACUGGACCUAAUGAUCAGGGGUCCCUUUACCUUUAUAAUGCCUUCCAAGAGUUGCCAAGAUUCACAUUCUGAAAUCAGGACUACUGAAACUGGGCAGCAUCCCUUAUUGAAAUGUGGGUUUUUAGAGGGGAGGGAAUGGGGUUCACAAAAACAAUUUCGAUGCAGCAGAAAAUAUUCUCACUAUUCUAAAUGCACUUACUAAUAAUAUUUCCUCUCCUCCCCCCCCAAGAUGGUGCACCAUGUUCCUCCAACCCCUGCCUGCAUAAUGGUGUAUGCAAGGACAGCAUCCGAAGCUACACAUGUGAUUGUAGAGAUGGCUUUGAAGGAGCCAACUGUGCUUUUGGUAAAUGGCAAUGUUCUCUUUAUAAAAAGGCAUGUGCCACAUCAUUUCCUAGAAUCUCUCUAAAUAUAACAUUGUGCCACCAGACGGCGAUGUGGAGUCCCAUUUUUCUCUACCUGUUUUCCCUGUUUAAAUUAACAACGCUUUAACCUGAAACGCUUCUUUGGUGUGUCUAGAUCCAGCCUAUGUCCCGUAAUAUCAUUAUUAAUUACUCAUUAUGAAUCUCUAUCUUCCAACAAUAGCUAACUAGGUGCCAUAGGAAAAUUCACAAGGGUGUUGUACACAAUUGUCCCCCUUUCUGUCUGACAAGCAAGAGAUUACAUAUUUGAUCCUUCCGUUUGCGGAUAGAACUGAGAUCUAGGGAGAUGCUUCAGUUUUAAAACAGAUGGUGAUGGGAGGUGAUUUCCACCAAUCACCACCUUCCUCCUACAGCUUCUCAUGCCACCUCCAUGCUGCUUGUGGGAGGGUCUUAACAACCACAUCCUGAACAGAUUUUCAGGAUGCAUGGAGGGCUUCAGAGAGAAUAAAUUGAUGAGUCACCUCUUCCCUCCAGCUCUCUAAUAAGAAUAUCCCAUGGGUGGAAUUCUGAACCCAACUCGCCAUUUCUGAUCAUAAAGGCAGUUGUUCUUCGGGCGAAUGAUGGAUGUGUGAAUUGCUUUCUUUUAAAUUUAUUCCCAAGAUAAAUGGUAAACUCUUGACUUCCAUAGUCAAAAGUGAAAUCUGACUGUUACAGCUGGAUUACAGCUUUAGUCUUUUCUGGAAAACAUUGCUGCCAGGAAUUAAUGGAUGCCGCAAGUGUCAUGUAUCUCACACAAAAAUAGGGACUAGUGGUUAAGCCUGUAGAUGCUAGAAAAAUAAUUGAGCAUCAAAGAAAAAAUAAAUAAAUAUUAGGGAAAGGGAGCCCAUGUUAAUUUCUGCAAGAUAAUUUCAGCUGAUUGUUAAUUUUGGGUGAGAUCUGAUAUAGUACAAGCUGGUGUCUGCUUGCGCAACAUAACUUCUCCUUCAUUUCUCCCUCCUGAAGUCCCCCAAAACUGCUUUGGAGUUUUGAGGAAGCCCUUAGAUUAGAUUUUGGGAGGUACAUCAGAGGCUGGAGCAGAGAGAAGUGAAAUCAGAAGUCCUGUUGUGCAAGGAUAUUUCCUCUGCAUAAGUGAGUGGAUUCACUGGAGAUUGUCCUUUGUUUAAAUGCUUGUUCUAUACAGUGGUACCUCUGGUUAAGUACUUCAUUUAUUCCGGAGGUCCGUUCUUAACCUGAAACUGUUCUUAACCUGAAGCAACACUUUAGCUAAUGGGGCCUCCCGCUGCUGCCACGCCGCCAGAGCACGAUUUCUGUUCUCACCCUGAAGCAAAGUUCUCAACCCGAGGUACUAUUUCUGGGUUAGCGGAGUCUGUAACCUGAAGCGUAUCUAACCUGAAGCGUAUGUAACCUGAGGUACCACUGUAGUUUUAAAUGUGUGUUUUUUUCUGUAGCUAAAAAUGAGUGCCGCCAUGAAAUAAACGAGGGCUGCCAGCACUUCUGCUAUCCAGAACUGACGUCGUACCGCUGUUCGUGUGCAAAAGCCUAUGAACUUGGGAAAGAUGCUAAAUCAUGCCUUCCCCAAGGUAAGUCUAGAAAAUGGAAAAGAAAAUAAUUAUUUUAGGAGGUAACAAUACAGGCCAAUGUACCAUAGUAGUUAAGGAAAUGAACUGUGAUUCAAGUCAUCACAUCAGUCAUAAAAUCCAGUGGCUGCUUCAUUCUUCCCCUUCUGUAAAACGGGGAUAGCUGCCUCUCUUAGUGGGUUGCUAAGAAUUGCAGGGGUUCUCUCCCCCCCCCGAAAGUCCUUAUGUACAUCCCUGUACAAAGACUGGAUGAUAUCCAACCUCAUGUGAGUCAAUGCUUGUGCAAUUGAAUUCUCUUUUCUGGUCCUUUGUCUCCCAACUCUCUGGUGGUGGGGAAGCUGUGGUGGGGAGGGGAGGAGAGGAAGGGGAAGUCCCAUUCUGUUCCUGGGGGUUCCUUCCAUUCAUAAGUGGGCACUGCUGAUUGUCCCCUGCUGUUGCUAUUAUUACUACUACUGUACUGUGAGAAAAAUGUAUAUCAUUAUGAUUGGUUGGAGUAUGCAUAGAGAACUGUUAUUUUGCAGGGAUUGGUGUGUGUGUGAGAGAGAGAGAGAGCAAGAGAGAGAGAUAUGCUUGGACAUUGCAGGCAGAGAUGCCUACCCAUUGGGGUCGCCUUUUGGUGGAGACUGGGUAGCCCUACCCCCAUUGCAACAUUGCCCAAAAGAACAGUACCUUCCCCACCAACCCAUAGGAAUAAAUUACUUUUUCUUUCCCGUGGAAGAAAGUAAACAAAUUACAUUCAUAAAGUUGUGACAUGUGCACAUCAUCCUUAAAACUCAUGCAUGCCGUGUAUAAAGCCCAAGCCUUCUUUACAAUGCAAAUUUGAGGGGGAGAAAUGAAUAUCUGGUUUCAGAGUCGUGACAAAACCCACCGAGCAAAACUGUAGCUAAAUGGAAAGGAACUGUGCUUGUUUUUGUCAACCAAGGAUCUGAUUGGGUUUAGUGGUGUGUCUGGGCUCCCCCCCCCCACAAAGAAGUUAAUAUUAAAAAUGAAUCAAAGUUCUGGAAGCCACUCAUAGCAUUUCUCCAUAUUUUUACCUACCAUUGUUAGAUCAGUGUGCAUGCGGCAGACAUAAAGACCACUUACCAGUGCAGCUGGAUGCAACCGAAACAAUCCAGAGAGGAUUCCCUUGGCAGGUAUGUGAAAUGUUGAACACAGCCUUUAUCCAGACUUGCUGUAAAUAUGUGCCUAACCAGUGCUUAGGCAGGUCUGUCCCCACUUUCCUUGCUCAGACCACAGCUUGCUCUCUUCCCUCCUCUCAACUGCCCCUCUAAACUUUUGCCCAAUUUGCAGUGCACUCAACAUCCCUUUGACUGGUUGUGGUUACACCAGAAAUGAGCUUUUCUUCUGUAGUGGUGUGUUCCCUGGUGCAGAAGAACGAUGUAUUCUGCCCUAUGGACUUAAAAUUGCUAAAUUAGAGCCAUGUACUGUCUUCCAUACUUUCAAGGUCCUGCUCUUAAACUCAGAAGGAGAAUGGUUCUGUGGUGGUGUUCUACUGAAAACUAACUUUGUCCUGACUACAGCUGAAUGUGCACGGCUGACUCCCGUCAUCGCUGUGAUUGGUAGGUAGCCAAAUGACCCUUUUGUCAGUUUGCAUUUCUUGAUCUGAUGUGUAGAGAUCUUUCCUAUUCUACUUAAGCUUCCACCACCCUCUUGAAUUAUCUGUGUGAAAGAAACAAGCAGAAGGUUCAUGUUGUUUGGGUUAUUCCUUCGGAGAUGCCGAUUACAGCUGGUUUAAACUGGUCCUGUUAUUUAUUUCUGUCAAGGUCUUGCUGACUAUAAUAAUAGGCCAGAUAGAGCCUGGAUUUCACACUUUCUCUAUCUUUUCCUUCUGGUGUGGUGUUCUGUACAUAGUAUGCUUUGUGUUAAGUUUUAGACUUAUUGCAAGUUAUUGUAAGUGUGAGUUAGUCUACUGCAACUGGAUUUCUUAUAGACAGUGCUAAUCCUGAAUGUACUGGAUUUGUGACCAUUAUGCACAUUUGCCUUCAGUAGCAGUAAAGCUCUGCUGAAUGAAAUGCCUCUGUUCUAUUUUGGGGGAAUCCUGCAAGGUGUUUAAAUUUUUACUCUGCUAACUAUACAUUGGAAUCUACUCUGGAUCAAUAUUGAGUAGAAUUUCAAUGACAAAUCUCCGUUUUGAAAGCUCACAGCCAUCUCAGGCAUGUCUCCUCUUUGCAAUGCAAAAGCGCAUGAAGGUACUUUUUGUGCACUUCCCGUACAUUUCACACUGGGGGUUGUGCAGGAACUAUUAUUAACAAGACUGCAACCACUUUGGUUCAGGCAAUUGGUGUAGAUAACCAACAAAAGAUUACGCUUCACCAUUGCAUUCCAAGAUAAGCAGGCGACUGUGACACAUACCCAACCUUACCAAAUCCAUAUUAAGAGUUGUAAGAAUUCUAGAGAACUUUCCUAGCUUUGCCAAGUCAACCCACUCAGGAUUUGACCUGGGCAAGAGUAAAUGACAUUUUCAACAACAGUAUGGGACGCAGGUGGCACUGUGGGUUAAACCACAGAGCCUAGGACUUGCCGAUCAGAAAGUCGGCGGUUCGAAUCCCCACAACGGGGUGAGCUCCCGUUGCUCGGUCCCUGCUCCUGCCAACCUAGCAGUUCGAAAGCACAUCAAAGUGCAAGUAGAUAAAUAGGUACCGCUCCGGUGGGAAGGGAAAUGGCGUUUCUGUGCGCUGCUCUGGUUCGCCAGAAGCAGCUUAGUCAUGCUGGCCGCAUGACCCGGAAGCUGUACGCCGGCUCCCUCGGCCAGUAAAGCGAGAUGAGAGCCACAACCCCAGAGUUGGCCACGACUGGACCUAAUGGUUAGGGGUUCCUUUACCUUUACCUUUAAGGUUGUAGCAUUCUGUGGUUUCUCUUCUUUCCGCCCCUAUAAAAAUUGGGGUGAAAGGGCGGUAAACAUACACAUGCAUUCCUGCGAGCUCCGUAUCAAAUGUUUGCUCUUCUCACCAAAAAAGGAUUUGCUGACAGUCCAGAUGCGUUUGGAAACUAACAGUAUCGCCAGAGUAUAAUGUCGUUAAGUCCUAUUGAGAAAUGGCUAUGUGCUUAUUUCAAUUCAAGGCACUAUUGCUAUAAUAACUGUUUGCCAAUGUGAGCCUAUUCCAAGCAAAUGCUAUUGCAACAACUAACGGGUACAUCAUUACUUGCACAGGAAUCAACAGGCUGCAAAGAGCUAGGCAAGAAAUACCUGUGAAACAGAUAAACAUACACAUCCGCUAUGAUAGUGACACCGGUGAGAACAACUUGGCUUUGCUUGAACUCGAACAGCACAUUGGCUGCAGCAGCCACCACCUGCCCAUAUGCAUCCCAGAGAGGGAUUUUGCGGAGCACGUGCUGAUUUCGGAACGGGAGGCCACUCUCAGUGGCUGGAAAGCCGAUGGAAAUACCUCCACAGGUUCAACGGCGGAGCUGUCGGUUUCGUACCUCAACGGAGACGAAUGCAAGCAAAUCCUCAACAGGACACUGAUAACAAGGGAAUUCUGUGGCUAUAGCCGCGAAGUAUCGGGAGAACUACUGGCUGGAGGUAGCUUUAGCGCUGUUGACUAUAAAGGCACUUGGUUUCUGACGGGUGUUUUAGAACCAUGGGCAACAGAAGCAACUAAGUGGGAAACACUUAUAUUCACUAAGACGACACGAUACAUGAUGUGGUUUAAGCAAAAAAUGGACUAACCGAAAGCAAGGGCAGAGGAAUAUAUGGAAUGGCAAGGCCCGGCAUUUGUAUGUAUUUGUGUAGAAGUCAGUUGUAAAAAUUACGUGCACUUAACUGUUGACAAUAAAACUUUUUGCCCUGAC